AUGGAGGCACGGACGAGCUCGCCGGCGGCCGCCGCCGCGCCGCUUCCCCCGGACGAUCUCCUCCGGGAGAUCCUGAUCCGCCUCCCGCCGGAGCCGCUCCAUCUCUUCCGCGCCUCCUUCGUCUGCAAGCACUGGCGCGGCCUCGUCCACGACGCCCGUUUCCUCCGCCGCUUUCGCGAUUUCCACGGCGGCACGCCUCCCGUGCUCGGCUUCUUCAACCAGAAAGGGCCUCCCUUCUUCGUCCCCACCUCCGGCGGCUUCGCGCUCUCCACCGCCACGAUGUCCCCCGAUGACUGGUGGGCCUACGACUGCCGGCACGGUCGCGCCCUCUUUUGGAGCUACCGCACUGGGACGCUGCUCGUCUGGGACCUCGUGACCGGCGACGAGCGCUACCUGUCGUUCCCCGCGCAGGCCUCUCAUGGGUGCUUCGAGUACAAUGCCGCAGUUCUGUGCGCGGCUGGCCACACCAACCACGGCGACUGCCGUUCCUGCCCGUUUCUCGUGGCGUUCGUGUUCAGUCACCAGUCCAAUUUCAUCACCUCCGCAUGUGUCUUCUCGUCCGAGACCGGUUUCUGGGGUGAGAUCACUUCCAUUGUUAUACCACAUGCAUUAGUUCAGGCAAAGCCCACGGCUCUGGUUGGAAACACACUCUACUGGCUGUUGGAUAAUGACAGUAUCAUUGAGUUCGAUUUGGAUAAGCAUAGCUUGGAUUUAGUUGAGGAGCUGCCAUAUGGCUAUGAUCAGAUUAUCAUCAUGCCGACAGAGGAUGAGUGCCUUGGUUUAGCCGGAGUGGAACGAUUCAAUCUCCAUCUGUGGUCAAAGUUGGCGAGCAUUGACGGGGUAGUGACAUGGACACACCAAGGGCUUUUUUGGAUCACAGGAUUAGAAAACAAAGGAAUUCAAAAAACACAGGAAUUUGACGGGAUUGUAGGUGCAAAACAGAGGAUUACAAAAUAGAGGAAAACUACAAGAAUGGUCAUUUGGAUGGAACACAGGAAAAGUGCCUCGAUCCUACGCGAAUCAGUGUAAAAAAGAGGUUAUAGUGGAUGUUGAAAUUCCUAUAGGAUUGAGGUGUAGGAAUGCAUCCAUAGGAAUUUUGGAGGUGUGGUUCCUUUGAUCCAAAGGGCUUCUUUAGGAAAAAAUCCAAUGGAUUGGAAUCCUCCAAUAUUCCUAUGAAAAUCCUUCAAUCCAAAGAGGCCCCAAAGGGUGAUUGAUCUCAAAAAGUUUCUUGCCCCCGAAGUAGUGGCAGGGUAUAUGGUUCAAGAUAUUCGAGCGGAGGCAUUUGGCUAUGCGGAAGAUGCUGAUGUGAUCUUCAUUGAUGUGUAUCCUAGCAUCUACAUGAUCCAUCUCAAGUCCAUGAAGGUCAAGGAGGUGGAGGUGUCAGGCAAACGCAUCUGCAGAUACAUUUUUCCUUACUCAAGUUUCUACGCUCCAGGAAUUACCAUUGGUGGUGGAAAAGAUCAAGCUGAACUGUUGAACAACAGUUGAGAUGACUCUGCUCUUACAUCUGCUGAUACACUUUUUUGGUUGAAGAGGUUCUAUUCUUUGUAGCCGUGAAGCGGAAACAGCUUACUCAUGCUGGAUGUUUGAUCUCUUGGUUGGUGGCACCUUAAAAUGUUGGAGGGCUCAAUGUGGCUGUAAACAGACGACUACUCCUUGACAGAUGUGUCAUUAACAUGCAAAACGUGAGGAAUUAAUCGUGUAAUGUUGUCUUCAGUGAUCUUUAUAGAUGUUGACCAACCGCAACGGUGCUUUGUAAAAUGUACUUUGUUUUGUGAAAUAUUGGUGAUGA